UCAUGGCCAAUUCCUUGGAUUUGUGAGCGAGUCGAAGGUUGCUGCAGGAAGGGGAGAUCGGAGGUUGGAUCUACACCCGGCAGUCUAUUGGGGAAACUUCCACUUUUAUAAACAAGUAUCGGGCUGCACUGGUUGAAGAGGAUACGAGGUAGUGUCAUGGAGGAUGGGAAGCCGGUGUGGGCGCCCCACCCAGGAGAUGGGUUCCAGCUGGGGACCAUAGUGGACAUAGGAGCAGACAGCUUGACCAUCGAGCCGCUGAAACAGGGGAACAAGAGCUUUACGGCCCAGAUCAACCAAGUGUUUCCGGCUGAGGAUGAUGUCAACAAACAUGUGGAAGACAACUGUUCUUUAAUGUACUUGAAUGAAGCCACUCUCUUGAACAACGUCCGUGUGCGGUAUAGUAAAGACAGAAUUUAUACGUUUGUAGCUAAUAUCCUGAUAGCAGUGAACCCCUACUAUGACAUCCCAAAGCUCUAUGCUCCAGAGACCAUUAAACAGUACCAUGGGAGGUCCCUGGGCACCCUUCCGCCCCACGUCUACGCUAUCGCUGACAAGGCCUACAGGGACAUGAGGGUGCUGAAGAUAAGCCAGUCCAUCAUCGUGUCCGGGGAGUCUGGUGCCGGGAAGACUGAAAACACCAAGUUUGUCCUCCGAUACUUGACAACAUCCUAUGGAACUGGUCAAGAUAUUGAUGAGAGAAUAGUUGAAGCCAAUCCCCUGCUAGAAGCUUUUGGAAACGCUAAAACUGUCAGGAAUAACAACAGUAGUCGCUUUGGGAAGUUUGUAGAGAUCCACUUCAACGAAAAGAAUACUGUGGUGGGAGGCUUCGUGUCCCACUACCUGCUGGAGAAAUCCAGGAUCUGCCAGCAGAGCCAGGAGGAGAGGAACUACCACAUCUUCUACCGGCUGUGUGCUGGAGCCUCCGAGGAUAUCAGGACCAAGUUCCACCUGGAAUCACCAGACGCCUUCAGGUAUUUGAACAGAGGAUGCACUCGCUUCUUUGCAAACAAGGACACGGACAAACAGAUCCUCCAGAACCGCAAGAGUCCAGAGCACCUGAAGGCUGGGCCCCUGAAGGACCCUCUGCUGGAUGACCAGGGGGACUUCAACAGGAUGUGCGGGGCCAUGAAGAAGAUCGGCCUGGAUGAUAUGGAGAAGCUGGACCUGUUCAGGGUGGUGGCCGGGGUGCUGCACUUGGGCAACAUCGACUUUGAGGAGGCAGGCAGCACAUCAGGUGGCUGCACCAUAAAGAACCAGUCAAGCCAGACGGUGGAGUACUGUGCUGAGCUGCUGGGUCUGGGAGAGCAGGACCUGAGUGUCAGCCUCACGUCCAGGGUCAUGCUCACCACAGCAGGGGGCGCCAAAGGAACAGUUAUCAAAGUGCCACUGAAAGUGGAGCAGGCAAACAACGCACGGGACGCCCUGGCCAAGGCUGUGUACAGCCGGCUGUUUGACCACGUGGUCACCAGGGUCAACCAGUGUUUCCCCUUCCACUCCUCUGCCAACUUCAUCGGGGUUCUGGAUAUCGCAGGCUUCGAGUACUUUGAGCACAACAGCUUUGAGCAGUUCUGCAUCAACUACUGUAACGAGAAGCUGCAGCAGUUCUUCAACGAGCGCAUCCUGAAAGAGGAACAAGAGCUGUAUCAGAAGGAGGGCCUUGGAGUGAACGAGGUCCGGUAUGUUGACAAUCAGGACUGCAUAGACCUUGUGGAGGCCAAGCUGGUGGGCAUCCUGGACAUCCUGGAUGAAGAGAACCGUCUACCUCAGCCCAGCGACCAGCACUUUGCAGAGACUGUACACAACAAGCACAAGAACCACUUCCGACUGACCGUGCCACGGAAAUCAAAGCUGCAAGUUCACAGGAAUGUGAGGGAUGACGAGGGAUUCAUCGUCAGACACUUUGCAGGAGCGGUGUGCUAUGAGACGACCAAGUUUGUGGAGAAGAACAAUGAUGCACUGCACAUGUCCCUGGAGUGCCUGGUGAGUGAGUCUAAGGACCGGUUUAUCCGGGAGCUCUUUGAGAACUCCAACAACACCAAGGACUCGAAACAGAAGGCCGGCAAGCUCAGCUUCAUCAGCGUCGGCAACAAAUUCAAGACCCAGCUGAACAUUCUACUGGAGAAGCUUCGCAGCACGGGCUCCAGUUUCAUCCGUUGUAUCAAGCCCAAUCUGAAGAUGGUCAGCCACCAGUUUGAAGGGGCCCAGAUCCUCUCUCAGUUGCAGUGCUCAGGAAUGGUGUCCGUGCUGGACCUGAUGCAGGGAGGCUUCCCCUCCAGAGCGCCAUUCCAUGAGCUCUACAACAUGUACAAGCAGUACAUGCCUGCCAAGCUGACUCGCCUGGACCCAAGACUCUUCUGCAAGGCUUUAUUCAAAGCGCUGGGACUCAACGAGAAUGAUUACAAGUUUGGGCUGACCAGAGUGUUCUUCAGACCUGGGAAGUUUAAGGAGUUUGAUCAGAUCAUGAAGUCGGACCCAGACCACCUGGCGGAGCUGGUGAAGAAGGUCAACCAGUGGCUCAUCUGCAGCCGCUGGAAGAAGGUCCAGUGGUGUUCCCUCUCUGUCAUCAAACUGAGGAAUAAGAUACUGUACCGUGCCAGUGCCUGCAUCAAGAUGCAGAAGACGGUGCGCAUGUGGCUGUGCAGGAGGAAGCACAAGCCGCGGAUCGAUGGGCUGGUGAAGGUGCGUAACCUGAAGAACAGGAUGGAUAAGUUCAACGAGGUGAUCGCUGGCCUGAAGGAGGGGAAGCAGGAGAUGAGCAUGCAGAUUCAGGGGCUGGACGAUGCCAUCAACACAACCAUGCUCAAAAUCAAGACCACAGCAAUGACCCGCAUUGACAUGGACUAUGAGUACCAGGCCCUGGUCACCAGGUCAGAGGAGCUGCUGACGGCCAUGCAGAACAAGAAGAAAGAGGAGGAGGAGAAGGAGCGACUGAAGAAGAUCCAGGAGGAGAUGGCGAGAGAGAAGAAGAGGAGGGAGGAGGAGGAGCAGCGCCGCAAGCAGGACAAAGAGGACAGGCGUCUGAAAGCGGAGAUGGAGCUGAAGCGGAAACACGAAGAAGAGGAGCGGAAACAGAGAGAGGAAGAGGAGAGAAAGCUUCAGGCAGAGAUGGAUGUUCAGCUGGAGGCUGAGCGGGAGGAGGCGGCGGCGCAUCAGAACAUCCUGGAGCAGGAGAGGCGCGACAGGGAGCUGGCCAUGAGGAUCGCCCAGAGCGAGUCUGAACUCAUCCCAGAGGACACCCAGAAUGACGCAGGCCUGCGCAGUAACGGCACCUCAGGUGGUCCAUCCUCCCCAGAGAGAGCUACGGGAGCUGGUGGAUCUCAAAAGCUGAAGAGCAUGUCCAUGGAGGAAAUGGCCAAGGAAAUGUCUGAGCUUCUGUCUAGAGGCCCACAGGUUCAGGCUACCAAAGCUGCUGCUGCUGGCACCAAGAAGUACGAGCUCAGCAAGUGGAAAUACGCCGAGCUGAGGGACGCCAUCAACACAUCCUGUGACAUUGAGUUGCUGGCUGCCUGCCGAGAGGAGUUCCACCGCCGGCUGAAGGUCUACCACGCCUGGAAGUCAAAGAACAAGAAGCGUGGCAACAACCCCGGCAUCACAGAGCAGAGGGCCCCCAAAUCAGUCACCGACUAUGAUCUCGCACCUCGUGUGAGACAAGCACCCCAGGCGAACUCAGCCCCGCCCAUCCCAGCCAGGCAACAUGAGGUGGCCAUGAACAGGCAGCAGCGCUACUUCCGCAUCCCCUUCAUCCGGCCCGGGGACCAGUACAAGGACCCCCAGAACAAAAAGAAGGGCUGGUGGUACGCCCACUUUGACGGGCCCUGGAUCGCCAGGCAGAUGGAGCUGCACCCGGACAAGCAGCCCAUCCUGCUGGUGGCAGGGAAAGACGACAUGGAGAUGUGUGAGCUGAGCCUGGAGGAAACAGGCUUGACGAGGAAGAGGGGAGCUGAGAUCCUGCCCCGGCAGUUUGAGGAGAUCUGGGAGCGCUGCGGGGGCAUCCAGUACCUCCGGAGAGCCAUCGAGAAACGACAGGCCCGCCCCACCUAUGCCACAGCCAUGCUGCAGACCCUCCUCAAGUAAGGGUGUAGGGUGAAUUUGCCCCUAGUCGCUGAUCAUGGGUCAGUUUAGCAUUUUCCCCACCUAAAGGUUAAGGUUAGGAUUGGGGGAGGGGAAGCGGAUCCUUGAUCUGUACUCUGGGAAACUUCACCCUGGAGCUAAAGCACCCUGUCUUAAACCACGGGCCUUUCUCUCACUACAGCAAAGGGAAGAAUGCACUAAGCUACUGUACCUAACACAGUGGGUAUUCAAGCCUACUGUACCAUGUUUUGACUGGGGGCAAGUCAUAAGUUAACCACUUUUUGUUAAUUGUCUUUUUUCUUUUGUUCAUGUUGUUGGUCUUAGCUGCUUUCAAUUGUCUUGAUGUAUUAUUUCUUGGUGGGUGCGGGGGAAUUUGCAGUGAACCUAUGCAGAGGAAUCAGACAGUGACUAAUUAUUACAUCUAGUUUUGUUUCUCGAGCAAAUGUGGAUGUUUUCUUUUUAAUAUUCCUGCUACUUUAACUACGAGGCCUUAUUAAAACUACUUUAACAGGGUAAUUUGCUGAAAGUAGGAAGUGUUUCAAAGCUGCCUCCAAAUAAGUUUUAAGAGUAUUAAAUUGUUGAUGUUUAAUAUUAUGUCUUUGUGAUUUAAACUGAAGUCAACAUUUUGUCUCUGCAGUCUUAACAGCUUGUUGAUCAUUUCACUCAAACCGAUACUUGCUGUUUAUUUUCAUGUAGUUAUUAUAGGACAAUACUUGCACAAGAGAGGGGUAGAAAUGGGCUAGGUUGGGGUAGAAAUGGGCUAGGUUGCACCUCUGUUUUCUCAUGUGAGGCAGUUAUACUUGAGCGUCAGGUUCUUCUCUAAGGAUAUUUUUUAGUAACUGCACAUAAAUUCACAUUCAUUUCUAAUUAUAAUAUUUGAUAAUACUGUAAUAAUUUUUUUUACCUCUGGCUUUCAGACUGAAUGUAAUAUGGGUUUGUUGAUUUGUUCCUUCAGUCCUUACUGUUUGGUUAGGAGCUGUUUGUUUUAUUCUUCAUAUGUGUGAUUUAGGUUUGCUAAUGAAAGGUAAAGAAAUAUUUCCUUUACACAUUCCCCAACCAUUCAUUUCUAAAGCCACAUGGUUGAAAUUGAAAUGCAUUGUUUCAUGUUCUCCACUUGAAACAAUGUCUAUUCCAAAUAUUUAAACAAAAAUAAAAAUAAUGUAUAGAUCAAACUUAAUUAUGAGAAGUGAAUAAUACAAAUCUUGAGAUACUCUACGAUAUCAAAUCAUACUGUCGGACCAAAUGUGUGUAUGGGACAAAAACUGAAUAGUGAAAUCGUGUUGAUGUCUUCUUGACCCCAACUUCAUUCAAGCUCAUAUACAAUAUAGUCAGCUAUUCUUCCCUCUGCUAGAUAUUCCAAUAGACACAUACAUACAGAAUGUUCUACGUGUAUGAUAGAGAGUCUAAUGUUUCUACACAGGAAUGUACACAUUUAUUUUCUAAAUAAAUAUUUCUACUCUAAGAUACACUAAAGCAUGUGUCAAACUCAUUCAACAGAGGGCCAUGGGUCUGCGGGUUUUUGCUCCACCCUCGUAUUUUAUUAAUUAAUUAAGGUCACUAAUUAGUAAGGACCUCCCUUCACCUAGUUGUCUACUGUAGGUCUUAAUUGAAAGGAAAAAACAAAAACCUGCAGACACUUAGCCCUCCAUGGAAUGAGUUUAACACCCCUGCUAUAAAGGGUUUGGUCACAUGACACAUGUUUCUUAAAAAAUAAACAAAUGAUGAAGCAAUAAUUUACACACGCAACACUACAAGGAGGACAGACGGUCUCAAACACACAGUACAUGACAAUCUUGUGAGACUAGAACUACUCUCUUCAGGUAAGGCUGUUAGUCUUGAGUUUUCUCAUUCCCUUGGAUGCUCUGCACAAGCGAAAGGCGACGUUGUGGUUGUUUGAAAUCUAUCCACUCAUGCUCAUGUCUUCAGUUUAGACCGAAGUAUGUAUUUCUAACUUAAACAGCAGAGUUUACUACUGUACUGUGGGGUCUCCUUUAAUAUCGCUUGUAAUGUACAACAAAUGACUGGCUUCCAUAUGCUCUAUCUCACAACACGCAUAGCAAUCAUUCCUCAGAUACUGCCUUUUCCAAUGCUGAUCUCUAACUGAAAUAAACGCAUUUCAUGCUUCACUCAA